CUAUAAGUAUCUCUCUCGUGUGGAUCCUCAUCAUCAUUUCAUGUGAAGGACAAUCUGAGAAGACACAACAAAUUAAGAUCCUCACCAACAUAUAUAUAUAUUACACACAUAGUGAUAACAAAAAAAUCGAUGGGAGAUCAUCAUGAUUUCAUAAACUCUGGAAGCUGGUGGAAAGUAUCUUCUUCUUCCUCAAUAUCUUCUUCCUCUUCCAUGAGAGCAAACUCAAAUGAAUCUGGUGGUUCUGCUGUUUUCCAUGAUAAGCUUCAUCAUCAAGAUCAUCAUUCGUUAGCUACUGAUCACCAUCUACAGAUGAUUGGUCUAGGGCUUUCUUCACAAUCACCAGUUGAUCAAUGGAAUCAAUCUCUCCUAGGAGAUAGUAAAGCGGAGACAAGCUUCGGAGGGAUGCUUCAAGAGAAUCUCAAUUUAGAUGCGACCUCAAACGCAAACGCUAACACGACGUCAUCCACAACGUCUUACCAGCUUCAAGAAUCUGAUUCCUCUCACCACCAAGCUUUGUGGCGAGACCCACAUAUCAAUAAUAACGAUUUCAAACCGCAGCUAAACAUGACGAGCAGCAACCGCGGGUUCUUUUCAGAUCACCCUCAGUUCAGUCCUCAUGGGAGCUCAAGUACCGACAGUAGCACAGUGACAUGUCAAGGUUUCUCUAUUGACAACUCGACCAACACCAUGUACGGAACAUCAACAACUCCUAACUCCUCUUCAGCUAUGUUCCAUCAACAUCAAGGAGCUGGCUACAACUUGGCUGGCUCUUCCGAACAGCAACCGUCGAGGAAUCAUCAGCAAUCAAAUCUUGGUUACUCUCAGUUCGGUUCCUCCACCGGAAACUACGACCAGAUAGCGACGGCGCUACCUUCGACUUGGUUUUUAAGAUCUUCGCCGCCGAAACCACACAGUCCUUUGAGAUUCUCUAACAACGCGACGUUUUGGAACCCUGCGGCGACGGCUGGAAACGUGGGUCCUACUCAACAUGACGCGUCGUCGAACUUUUUUCCGUCGAUACAGCCGCCUCAGCUUCACCGGCCGAGUUUUGAGGAGCAACCCAAGAGUGUAUCUGAGAUUCGAGAUUCGAGUAGCAGUGAUGUAAAGAGAGGCGGAGGUGAUCAACCGGCGGCGAAAAGGGCUAAGAGCGAAGCAGCGUCUCCGUCACCAGCUUUCAAGGUGAGGAAAGAGAAAAUGGGGGACAGAAUCGCUGCGCUCCAACAAUUGGUUUCACCUUUCGGAAAGACUGACGCAGCCUCAGUGCUCUCUGAAGCCAUUGAAUACAUUAAGUUUUUACACCAACAAGUUUCUGCUCUGAGCACCCCAUACAUGAAAAGUGGAGCUUCUUUACAGCAUCAACAGAGUGAUCAUCCCAAAGAGCUAGACGUAUCAGAAGAGCCAGAUCUUAGAAGUCGAGGCUUAUGCUUAGUGCCAGUUUCGAGCACGUUUCCAGUGACACACGAUACUACAGUAGAUUUCUGGACUCCUACAUUUGGUGGGACUUUUAGAUAGAUUCAUAUAUAUAGAUGAAAAAAUUAUAUUAGAUGUCGGUUGACGUAUAUAUAUAUACGUUGAUUUGCUGAUAAGAAAAUCAUUAGCAUUUUAAACGAAGAGGGGAGUUCAAUUAACGGACAAGUGAAAAGUGUCUGUCCCAUUUUUUUUAGAUUUAUAAAAAAAUAAUGUGUAACUGAAGAACUAUAUAUAGAGAUUGCUAUCGAGAUUUGACUUCCACUAGUAGAAAUUACUCCUAUAGUCACGUUUUAGUCACUUAUGUGUGUGACUAUUUUUUGAUUAGUCACGAAAAAGUCUCGAUUAGUCACAAAAUAUGAAAAUAGGAAAAAACGUGACUAAUCGUGUCAUUUCCGUGGCACUAAUAGUCAUGUUUUUGUCACAAAAGAUAAUGUGACUAGAUAUAGACACGUUUUGCCACAAUAAUUUCGUGACUAAUCGGACAUAAUUAAAAACCGUGACCAGAUGGUGUUACUUUUUUUAAGUAGUCAUGAAUUUGUCACAUUUUGUUCACGACUAUUUAAAUCUCUAAACCCUAAGUGAAAUUUUGAAACCCUAAACUCUGAAUAUGCAAUGUAGUUUACUAUAUUAUAGCUUAAACUAAGAUCUAACUCUUAUACAGAGUUAAAAGAUUUUAAUUUCUUUUUUCAAAUCAUAACUUUAAACAUAACCACAAACCCUACUUCAAACCCUACUUUAAACCUUACCACAAACCUUAUCCAAACAUCAAAACUUAAAUAAUAAAAUGACUCAAAUAUAAAAAUUCUAGUUAGUUAAAAAUGUAAAUAAAAAAUAUAAUUUUAUAUAUACUCAGAAGUCAAAUUUGUAGUUUAAAAACAAUUUUUAAUUUUUCUCCUUUUAAAUGUGAACUAAAUCAUUUUAAAUAUGGAUUGAAUCCUUUAAAAUUUUAAAUUCCUCAAUUUUGAAGUUAACUUCUACAUUACAUUUUUAAAUUUUAUAUCUAAUAAUCUAAAUUAUCUGAAAACUAUGAACCAAAUACCUAGAAAUAACAACCUAACGAUAAUAACAAAAUACAUAUAAUGGUAGAGGAUGCAUGUGUUACAAAGAAAAAAGAAAACAAAGUCGGGAAAAAAAGAAAAAAAAAAAAGAAAGAAAGAUAAAAGCAAGAUACUUUAGUGAAAUUUUCUCAUUGGUCUAUACCUUUUGACAAGGAUAACUGUCUUAACCAUUGAUCAAUUUGAUCUAAUGGCUCAUAUUACUUCAUUCCUUUUUCUCUCGUUCUCCCAUGUACCUUUUCCUCUGUAAACAAGUAUUAUCUUCUUCUACAAACGAUUCUCUUCCUCUUAACACAAACAAAUCGAUUUCAUCGAUUCUGGUCACCUAAUUCCUUUCUUCUACUCCACUCACAUAAUCUUUUCACCAACCACUAUAGUAUUUUAUCAAACCGAAUCUCUUCCUUCUGCCAUCACCAGAUCUCCUUCACUGUCUACCAAAUCUACUCCUACGAUACGAUGUUGUUGUUGCGCCUGAGACUGGUGUGAAAUGCAGUUAUCGUCGGAGUUGUUCUCGCACACGGAGAUUCGAUGUUCGGCAUCAGAUCUAGAUCGUACAAACAUCUCGGCUCACAGAUCUGGUAUGAGACAAUUUGGAGUAAAGAACAGCUGGAGUAGUGGAGGCACACCAGAGGCGAAGGAUGAGAUAGCAGAGACAUGCCGCAUGUAGUGACGAGGCGGAGGAGUGACGAACCGCAGGCAGAGGCGCGACUAACCGAAUGCAGAGGCGCGACGUGACAAACCAGAGGCUAGGGCGGAGCUGUGCCGGCGAAGUUAAAUCUCCGGUCAAGCUCACGCUUUUGUAUAUGUGUGUAUAUAUGUUAUACUUAUAUGUAUGAUAUAUAAAUAUGUAUAUGACACCAUAUAUACGAAAAACAUAUUUGUAUUGUUUUUUAAUUCAUUAAUUCUUAAUUUGCUAA